AUGGCCCGUCACAGAAUGGUGUGAUUGUUGAGUUUUCAAAUAGCCAGGCUGCUGUUGAAGGUCGAUCUCUGACUUUGAAAUGCAGCACUAACUCUGAUGUCAAGCCCAACGUGGAUUUCACCUGGAAGUUUUCAGAUGGAACAGAGGUGAUCGGUUCAAGGGGAGAUAAGCAAGGUUCAUCUGGAAGCACGUGGUCGCAGACACUGACCUUGACACCAAGUAAAGCUGACAACAGACAGAUAGUGAAGUGCACUGUGAAGAACACAGCGACACAGGCUGAGUCUACUGGACAGAAAAACCUGGAAGUAAAAUAUCCACCAAGUGACGCUCCAGUUAUUUCAGGACCAGUAUUCCCUGUGUUUGAGGGUGACGUCAUAACACUGCACUGUUCUACAACAGGUGGAAACCCGAAACCAACUCUGACUUGGUCCUGUCCUGGAGGGUCUACUUCGUGUUCUAACACUGACAGUGGAGAAACCAGAACCUGUACAAUAUCAUUUACAGCCAACAGAACUCAGAAUAACGUAGACUGUGUGUGUACUCCAUCAUGGCAGUAUGGUGGAUACACUGAGAGUAAAUCCAGGAAGAUGAUUAUUCACUAUGCUCCUGAUACACCGAGUUUGUCUUCAGUUCCAUCACAGCCAUGGCUUGAACACAGAUCAGCUUCACUGCAUUGUUCUUUAACUGAUCAAGGAAACCCAGUGGCUACGUUUUACUGGAUUAGGAAUAACAAUGGUGUAGAACACAGCGGAUUCAACUACAUGUUGACACCAUCAAAGGAAGACAACGGAGACCAGUACAAGUGUACAGCUGGGAAUCUCUUCACAGACAGACACGGACAAUCCAGACCUGAGUCUAACACAGUGCAGCUUAAUGUGUACUAUUCCCCCCGAAUUCAAAUAACAUUAUCAACACACGACUCCCGUAAGGAAGGUGAUGAUCUGACCUUGACCUGUACUGCAGACAGCAAUCCCAGUCCGUCCAGUCUGACCUGGAUGUUUGGAGGACAGACCGUGGGGCAUGAUGGGAGCUUGAGAUUAACAAAUCUAAGUAGAGAAGAGCAUGGUCAGUACACCUGUGAAGCAAGAGUCUCUGCUGGUCGCUAUGGAAACCUGGUGAACUCGAGUGACGUUCAAGUUGUCGUCAACUAUGCUCCUAGUGUCACUUUCCUUUCUUUAAAUUCAACUGAAAGUAAUUUAUCAAGUAUCAUCUGCUCUUCUGAUGGUCGCCCUGGCAACAUGAACUUCAAACCUUUCAGUCAUUACUGGAAUAGUGUGAAUAUCAGGAAUGUGACCGGCAGAUCUGUUGGAAAUAACCAAUACAUAUUGACAUUUAAUCGUGCUACGUAUGAAGACAGCGGGACGUACUACUGUACUGUUGAUAAUGGAAUUCCAGACAGGUCCGGAACUAAACAACAGAGAGCAACCAGUGAAGUUUUCAUUUCAGGAACACCUAAGAUUACCAAGGAGACUAAGGUAGAUGAUAUUUUGGGAGUUGAAGUUAAUAAAUCGGCUAUUUUACAGAAAACUGUGUUUUCCAAACCAAACUAUACUGAUAUCUACUGGACGAAAUCAGGUAACAACGCAAAUUAUAAUUUGACCACCAUCAAGGCAGAAACUAUUACUUUGGACAUACACAAGAAAACAGUAGAAGACUCAGGCUACAGAAUCUCUCUCAAUAUCAGCAGGUUCAGACAGGAAGACAUAGGAACCUACACACUGACUGUCUGUAAUGGUGUUGGAUGUUCUCAGUUUUCUGUAAACCUGACAGCAGCAGGUCCUCCUUUUCCUCCAAAAGAGUUCAAACAAGAAGGAGAAUCAACGUCUGAUACAGUGAGGUUGUCAUGGUUACCCAACUACCCAGGCGGAAAUUUCAAACAAAGAUUUAAACUGGAGUACAAACUGCAGAGUGAGUCUGAAUGGAAGACUGGAUGGACAAGUGAACAGUUUACAGAUUUACCGCAAAACAAGAAAGUAUUUUCAAACAUCACAAACCUCAAGGCUAACCAGGUUUAUGAUCUCAGACUGUCAGCUGAGAACAAGCGACCAAAAGGCAAUGUCAGUGAGUUUGUCACACUGAAAGUGACGACAAAAG